AUGUCUGAAGCCAUUGAUAACCACCAAAUCAAGGAUGACAUAAAGAAGGCCUAUGAUGAGAUUGCCGAAGUCUACCUAAACUGGACACAACCUUCUCAUAAAGUACGCCUUUCUUAUGUCGAUCGCAUGCUUCGAUCCCUCGAUCCGGCGGAGGGAAACUCCCAAAUUAGCAUCCUUGAAUUAGGAUGCGGCGCCGGGGUACCGUGUACUGAACUUCUGGCAUCGCGUGAAUACAUCAGAGUCACUGCAAAUGACAUAUCCGAAACCCAAAUUGCCAUGGCGAAAAAGCGGCUCCCUGAGUCUGUAAACCUGAUACAAGGAGACAUGAUGGAAUUGGAAUUCAGUCAGGAGAAAUUCAACGCAGUGAUGGCCAUGUAUUCCAUUUUUCAUCUGCCACGCAACGAGCAAACCACGAUUCUCCGUCGCAUUUUCGAUUGGUUGAAACCUGGAGGACGGCUUCUCGCCAAUUUUCCCGAGACUGGAUUUGCAAGCUCCUCUGAUCAAUCUUGGCUGGGCGGCACAAAAGGAGCAAUGCAUUGGAGUGGUUGGGGUAAAGAUGAAAUGAGAAGACUUCUCACAGAGAUUGGCUUUGAGAUGGAGAUUGACGAGGUCGUCGUGGAUUCUGAAGAAAAGAAUGGAGUUUCGCAAAGCGUUCCAUUUCACUGGAUCUUAGCUAAGAAAUGA